CUAAACUCGAAGUGCUGCCCACAUCAAGCAAUUCUAUUUGCUACAAUAUGCGGAUGCUUGCAGGCCCGUCCGGGCUGCGGCAGCUCACCACCCGCACCAAAGUCCUCGCCUGCCGCCCGCACGGCCCUUGGCCACAACACCUCUCUCUCGGCAGCCCGCGGAACUCCAGCUUCCCACAACAAAUAAUAACAUGCUCCGCCUCAGCCUCCUCCAGCGCUGGGCCGGCCGCGCCCGCACCCCCUCCCAAGUCAUCGGGCCCGUCGCCCGACGAUGAGGAGGGCGGCAUCCGCUUUGUCUACGAGCCGCCCCGCCGCUUCGUGCUCGCGGCCUUACGCAAGAAGCGGCAGGGGCCGCCCAGCACCGCCAAGCCCAAGGUGGACCUACUGGUGGAGGGCAACCCACUGGCCAGGUCGCCGUCGCGUGUGGAUGCUGUGGCAGAGGCGUUGGAGGCGGACACGGCGGCGGCGCUGCGACGGGUGUUGGAGCGCAAGGGGCAGCAGAAGGCGGCGGAGGGCUGGAAGAUGCCGCGUGUGGCCUGCCUGAGUCUAGUGCUGUGUGAUGACGCGCACAUCCGCCACCUCAACUCGCUGCACCGCGGCAAGGACGCCGCCACCGAUGUGCUCAGCUUCGAGCUAGGCGACGAGCUGGACUACCGCGUGCACCUGCCGGUCAAGCUGAUGGGCGACCUGGUGGUGUCGCUAGACACGGCGGAGCGGCAGGCGCGGGAGAGGGGCCACUCGCUGCACGACGAGUGCCGUAUCCUGCUGGUCCACGGCUUGUUGCACCUGGCGGGGUGGGACCACGAGAGGGGGGAGCAGGAGCACGAGGCCAUGGCUGCUGAGGAGCGGGCGGUGCUGUCGGAGCUGGGCUGGCGCGGCGCGGGACUCAUCACCGCCGCAGAGGAGGCGGCGGCCCGGGAAGAGCAGCAGCAGCAGGGGGAGCGGGCGGAGGGAAAGGCGGAGGCGGCGGGGGCAGCGAAGAGGGCAGGGGAGGAGGAGGGCGGCGGCGAGCGCAAGGGCAAGGGGGCGGCGACACGCGGCUCGCGGGGCAUUGCGGCGGGCCCCGGCGCGGGGCUGCUGUGGCAGCAGAUUGCGGGUGGGGAGGAGGAGGCGGAGGAGAAGGAGAGGAAGGGGGGGAGCAGGGGAGGAAAGCAGCAGGGAGGGGCGGCAGGGGGCGGUGGCGGCGGCGGUGGGAGUAAGGACAAGGGCGGCGCGGGUGCUGCGGCUGCGGCUGCUGCCAAGGCAGGGCAAGGGCAGCGCGGUGGCGGCAGUAGCAGCGGCGGCGGCGGUGGUGGUGGAGGUAGCAGCAAGGGGCAGGCUGGUGGUGGUAGGGCUGCGGGGCCGCCGCCGCCGCCGAAGUCAAAGGGUGUUGGCGGUGGUGGCCGCGGCGGCGGCGGUGGCGGCGGCGGCGGGCGCCGUGGCGGCGCCGCACGCGCCUUUGGCACCUCGACUUCAUACGCCCCCGCUGCAGCGGCGGCGGUGUGCGGCUGUAGCAGCAGCAGUAGCACCGGCAGUGGUGUCCGCGGCUGUAGCAUGGGCAGCAGCAGUAGCAGCUUGGCAGGCGCCUCCCUGGCGCCGCGGCAGGCCGGCGCAUUCGGCUUCGGCAGUAGCAGGGGCCUGGCGGUUGCUACUGCCACGGCCCCCUCUGGGAGCACUGGCAGUAGCAGCAGCAGCGGUGGCGGCUUGGAGGCGGCGUCUGCUGCUACUGCCACCUCCACCAUCACCAGCACGGCUGCGGAUGCGUCGCCCGCCGCAUCACUAGCGAGCAGCAGCAGCAGCAACGGCAGUAGCAGGCGGCGACGAACCCGGGACAUUGCGAUCGUGGCUUUGGACCUAGACGGCACACUCCUCGACAGCCGCAGCCGCAUCCUGCCCUCCUCCGUCGCCGCCAUCCGCGCCGCCGCCGCCGCCGGCGUCACGGUGGUUGCCGCAACAGGCAAGGCGCGGCCGGCGGCGCUGGCGGCGGCGGCGGCGGCGGGUCUGGCGGCGCCGGGGCUGCUGGUGUGGCCGCAGGGCCCUGGCGUGUUUCUGCAGGGUCUGGCGGUGCACGGGCGCGGCGGCCACAUGCUGUCUGACGCGGUGCUGCCGCCCGCGGUGGUGCGGGCGGCGUUCGAGUGAGUGGGUGGCCCCGGUGGGGUGACGCCGCGUGUGGGUGUGUUUGGUUGUGUGGCGCUUGGGCCGUGCGGUGCGUGUGCGGUGUGUGGCGCUCGGGCGGUGAGUGGCUGUGUGUGGCGUGGUGUUGAAUGGG